AGAGAAAAAUGAGUAUGUUACAGAAGAGCAACGAACAAGAAUAUAACGCAUUCGAUAUUGCAUAUUAUAAAACGCUCAAAUUAUAUUUAACGAUCUGUGGGAUAAAUCCGUAUCAAAAUAAUAGUAUUAGUAUAAUUAUAAUAAUCAUGAUAAUCUCCGUUUGCAUGAGCUUUCUUUGUCCAACGUCUAUACAAUUAUGGGAGGCCAUAAGUAACAAAGAUUUCGAUAACAUCAUUCAGAAUAUACCUCAAGUGAUUACAGUAAUUGCCAGCAUGAUAAAGAUAUUAAAUAUCUAUUCUAACAAAAUGCAGUUUAAAAAUUUAUUUUACUCUUUGGCGCAAGAUUGGAAAUUAUUAGAAUCAAAGGAAGAAUUAAUCAUGUUAGACAAAUUUACUCAAUAUGGUAGUAAACUUGCACUCCUCUACAGGAGAACUUUAUUAACAUUUCUUGUUAUAUUUCUUUUUCUUCCUUUAUGUAAUCCCAUUCUGGAUGUUAUUUUACCGUUAAAUGAAACCCGUUCACGACAAAAUAUAUUUAAUGUUAAUUACAUAAUCCUAGACAAUUAUGAAUAUUUUUAUAUUGUGUAUAUGCAUUUAUCUUGUUCUGCAGUUAUUAUUGUGAUAAUAAUAAUCUCAGUAGAUUCAUUAUACAUUUCUAUUAUUUAUCAUGCUUGCGGAUUGUUUGCAGCAUGCGGGUAUCAGAUUCAAAAAUUAACAAAAGUUCAUACUAUUGAAAAAAAUGGACCUAACAUAAGCAACAUUGAUUACGAAGAAUUCAAACAAUGCGUGAUAAUGCAUUAUAAAUGUCUUCAACUUUACGAUGUACUCGAGAAGUGUUGUAGAAAUUUAUAUUUGAUCCAGAUGGGAUUAAAUAUAAUGAUUAUCAGCGUAACAUGCGUUGAAGUAGUUGUAUUUUUAGAUCGACCAAAAGAGGCCAUCAGGGCUAUUAUUUACGUUAUAGCUCAACAAUUUCAUUUAUACGCUAUUAGUUUGCCUGGAGAAACGUUACUCAAUCAAAGCUCAAAAUUGGCUGAUAAAAUAUAUGAUUCUGAAUGGUACAAAAUACCAAUGAAAGUUCAAAAAGUGCUUCAUAUAAUGCAAAUUAGAUCCAAUAAACCAUGUAUAUUAACAGCAGCGGGAUUAUACGAAAUGAAAAUUGAAAGUUUUGGAAUAACAAUUAAAACAUGCAUGUCAUAUUUCAUGAUGUUUUUAUCACUAAGAGAAUAA